AUGUCGUUUGGCACCAACACGAAGACGGGCUUCUCCGUGCGCGACAUCCUGGAUCUCCCGGACCCGAACGGGAGAUGCGGCUCCGGGACCGAGGAGACCAAAGAGGACGAGGCGUCGGGGCCGCGCGGCGCGCACGAGCUGGCAUUUAGCGGCCGGAGUCUGUGCGCGAGAGGCCGGGGAAGCUUCGGCAGGUGGAGCCGCUCAUUACACGGGACCUCCCUCGAGUCCCGCACGGAGACCAGGUCCCCGGGCGGCGCGGCGGCGGCGAGCGGCGCGGCGCAGAAGAGCCGCGGCGGCCGCAAGCGGCGCGUGCUCUUCUCCAAGGCGCAGACCUUCGAGCUGGAGCGCCGCUUCCGGCUGCAGCGCUACCUGUCCGCCCCGGAGAGGGAGCACCUGGCCCGGCUGAUCCGCCUCACCCCGAACCAGGUGAAGAUCUGGUUCCAGAACCACCGCUACAAGAUGAAGCGGGCCGAGCACGGCUUCGAGCUGCUGCUGCCGGCGGCGCGUCGGGUCGCCGUGCCGCUCCUGGACCUGGAGGUGACGCUCCGGUCCGGCCUGGGCCUGCCUCUGUGCACCUUCUCCCCGCUGCUGCACCCCGCAUACGGCGCGGAGCAGCCCGGGCUGCGGCAGCAGCACCCGGGGGUGCGGCAGCAGCACCCGGGGGUGCGGCAGCUGGCGCACAUGUACCACUGGAGCUGGUGA